AUGUCGAAACCAUCGGGUUACGAUUCGCACAGCGAAGGACCGGGUUUCGUGGGCAUCAGAUUUUGCCAAGAAUGCAAUAACAUGUUGUAUCCCAAAGAAGACAAGGAAAACAAAAUCCUGCUCUACGCCUGCCGAAAUUGCGAUUACAAACAACACGCCGAUUCCAAAUGCAUUUACGUCAACAAAAUCAUGCACGAAAUCGACGAGCUUACUCACAUAGUAGCAGAUGUUAUAUCAGAUCCAACGCUGCCUAGGACCGAAGACCAUCAGUGUCCAGAAUGCAACCAUAGGGAAGCCGUAUUUUUCCAAGCACAAACGAGGCGAGCCGAAGAAGAAAUGAGACUGUAUUACGUUUGUACAAAUCCACAUUGUGCACAUAGAUGGACGGAAUAA